AUGGGAAAACUCGGUGAGUAAAAAUGGAAAAAUUUCGGAGUAGCGGGUUCGCGGAAAACAAAAAUAAAUUCAAAAAAUUUUAGAAAUAAAAGUUUAAAAGAUGUUCGCGUGCAGGUCCCGUUUAAAGGGACACAAUGUUUUUCUAACGAUCCUUUAAGUUUACUACGGUGUGCAUUUUUCAUUUGUUUUGUUUGUUCUCAGGACAAGUUGAGCGAUUAAUCGGUAAGCAAAGUGAGCUGACGAUUAAUCGUCUGAACAAAAUUAAUACAGGCGAUUAAUCGGCCAGCCAGCAGCUAAUUCAAGUUGCUUAGCGAUUAAUCGCCCAACUUGUCUGAGUUUUUGUUACCAAACAAACCGCAUUUUUGAAUUUUUCUCAUGCGAGCUCAACCAAAACAUAAUUUUUAAAUAAUUUUCCAGUCAAGAUCACUGAAGAGAAUGGCAUCCUAUUGAUAGGAAUAAAUCGCGCAUCGAAGAAAAAUUGUGUAAAUCAUGAAACUGCGCGAGAAUUGGUGACGGCAUUCGAAAAAUUCAAUAAUACAGAUGAUUUGAAAUGUGCGAUUUUAUAUGGAGAAGGUGGAACAUUUUGUGCAGGUUAUGAUUUAGAAGAAGUAUCGACUGGUGGCUUCACUAAAAUUGAGUCAGAGUUUUUGGAGAAAUAUCGAUAUAUGGUCAGUUGAUUUAUUUAUUCUUGUUGUAAUGAAAUUUUUGAAAAAAAAAACAUUCAGGGUCCCUCGAUAAUGCCGAUCAAAAAACCUCUGAUCGCAGCAAUUGAAGGUUAUGCAGUGGCUGGAGGGCUUGAAUUAUCUCUCAUGGCUGAUCUUCGUGUUUGCUCAAAAUCUUCUAAAAUGGGUGUAUUUUGUAGAAGAGUUGGUGUUCCUUUGAUUGAUGGCGGAACUGUUAGAUUGCCACGUGUUGUUGGAUUAGGAAGAGCUUUGGAUUUGAUAUUAACUGGAAGAGAAAUUGGAGCAAUUGAAGCGAAAGAAUGGGGUUUGGUGAACCGAGUGGCAGAAGAUGGAAAAGCAUUGGAUGAAGCGAUAAAACUUGCAGAACUUAUCAGAUCUCAUCCUGAAUUAUGUAUGUUAGCUGAUCGAGAAUCGACAUAUCAUUCAUUGGAUCAUUCAACUCAAGAUGCCUUCGAUUUCGAGUUUCAAAGUGUGAAAGUUCUUCCCGAUUCAAUCAAAGGCGCCAAAAAUUUUAUCAAGAAAUCGAAACUUUGA